AUGAGGGUGUUGAAAACUCGCCAUCCUGCUGGUCGGAAGUGGACUGAUCAGUUCAUCUAUUUGAUUUUAAUCUCAAAAAACGAACUCGGUCUGCCAGUACCAAGCUGUUCGCCACUUCCCUCGAUUCUGACUCAGAUGAUUCCGAAGUUGUCGUGGUUGAAGAUCACGAACGGACGAAGCGGCCACAGAGGAAGCGCCAGUAAGUUGCCACGGAGAGUGAGGUACGACCUGAGUUCAAGGCAUCAGCUGUUUCCAGUACGGCUAUACACACCCAAAUCGAUAGUGUCAUGUGGCGGUUGGAAUCAUUGGAGACCUUGGGGGCUGGACGAUGUCCAACCAGCUGAAGAUGAACCCAACUUCGACACACAACUUGGAUUACCAGAAGAAUCAAGUGCACCAGCCAUACAGGACGAAUAUAAUUAUGAACCAUACAAUACUAUCGACUUCGGUGCUUCCGUCCCCAGUGAAGAUAUAUUGCCCUCCGCAUCCGUGUUAGCAGUUACUUCCUUGACGGCGGCUGUUUCUUCCUCGACUCGUGAAACUGGUUCCGGCCUUCCACAGAAUCUUCAUGCAGUGCGCAACAACACUCCACGGUUCUCGUCAUCCCGUUCGGGAUUCGACAUGCUCGUCAAACCAAAGCACAACCCCUGGGAUAGGAAAUGA